GAGCUGGGGUACCCCCAUCACGGUGGGGAUGCCUAGCAGGGUUCUCCUUUUCCUUGCAGAGCCGUGCGGGAGUGAUUUCGGGAAGAGGGUGAGGAGGGAGCCGGCGGGACCGUGCUGGGCACAGGCAGGUGGAGGAUGAACGGCGAAGCUGAGUGCCCUGCAGACCUGGAAAUGACAGCUCCCAAAAACCAAGACCGCUGGUCGCAGGAGGACAUGCUAACCCUCCUGGAGUGCAUGAAGAAUAACCUGCCCUCCAACGACGGGAGCAAGUUCAAAACCACCGAGUCCCACCUGGAUUGGGAAAAAGUGGCUUUCAAGGACUUCUCAGGGGAGAUGUGCAAGAUGAAGUGGAUGGAGAUCUCUAAUGAGGUUAGGAAAUUCCGGACCCUCACAGAGCUCAUUAUGGACGCUGAAGAGCACGUGAAGAAUCCUUACAAAGGCAAAAAGCUCAAGAAACACCCCGACUUCCCCAAGAAGCCCCUGACUCCCUAUUUCCGCUUCUUCAUGGAGAAGCGAGCCAAAUACGCCAAGCUUCACCCCGAAAUGAGCAACCUGGAUCUCACCAAGAUCCUGUCCAAAAAAUACAAGGAGCUUCCCGAGAAGAAAAAGAUGAAAUAUAUCCAGGACUUUCAGCGAGAGAAGCAGGAGUUUGAGAGGAACUUGGCGAGGUUCAGGGAAGACCACCCGGAUCUCAUCCAGAACGCCAAGAAAUCUGACGUCCCCGAGAAGCCCAAGACCCCCCAGCAGCUGUGGUACAACCACGAGAAGAAGAUCUACUUGAAAGUGCGUCCAGAUGUGAGUACGGCCACCACGAAGGAGGUGAAAGAGUCGCUGGGCAAGCAGUGGUCUCAACUCUCGGAUAAAAAGAGGCUGAAAUGGAUUCAUAAGGCCCUGGAACAGCGGAAGGAGUACGAGGAGAUCAUGCGGGAUUACAUCCAGAAGCACCCGGAGCUGAACAUCAGCGAGGAGGGAAUCACCCGCUCCACCCUCACCAAGGCCGAGAGGCAGCUCAAGGACAAGUUCGAUGGACGACCCACAAAACCUCCCCCGAAUAGCUACUCCCUGUACUGUGCAGAGCUGAUGGCCAACAUGAAAGACGUGCCCAGCACGGAGCGGAUGGUGCUGUGCAGUCAGCAGUGGAAGCUGCUCUCCCAGAAAGAAAAGGACGCCUACCACAAAAAGUGUGACCAGAAAAAGAAAGAUUACGAGAUCGAGCUGCUCCGCUUCCUGGAGAGUCUGCCCGAGGAGGAGCAGCAGCGGGUGCUGGGCGAGGAGAAGAUGCUGGGCAGCAACCGGAAAGGGGCGACGAGUCCUGCAUCCAAAAAAUCCUCACCAGAGACCGGCAAGGCCAGCUCAGAGAAGCCCAAGAGGCCCAUCUCAGCCAUGUUCAUCUUCUCGGAGGAGAGGCGGAAGCAGCUGCAGGAGGAGCGGCCGGAGCUGUCAGAGAGCGAGCUGACCCGGCUCCUGGCCCGCAUGUGGAACGACCUCUCCGAGAAGAAGAAGGCCAAGUACAAGGCGCGGGAGGCGGCGUUGAAGGCGCAGUCAGAGAAGAAGCACGGCUCAGAUAAGGAGGAGCGUGGGAAGCUGCCCGAGUCUCCCAAAACUGCUGAGGAGAUCUGGCAACAGAGCGUCAUCGGGGACUACCUGGCUCGUUUCAAGAACGACCGGGGCAAAGCACUGAAGGCCAUGGAGGCCACUUGGAACAACAUGGAGAAGAAGGAGAAGCUGAUGUGGAUCAAGAAGGCAGCGGAGGAUCAGAAGCGAUACGAGAGGGAGCUGAGCGAGAUGCGGGCCCCUCCGUGCUCCACCAACUCCACCAAGAAAAUGAAAUUCCAGGGAGAGCCGAAGAAACCCCCAAUGAACGGUUACCAGAAGUUCUCCCAGGAGCUCCUGUCCAACGGGGAGCUGAACCACCUCCCGCUGAAGGAGCGCAUGGUGGAGAUCGGCAGCCGCUGGCAGCGCAUCUCCCAGGGCCAGAAGGACCACUACAAAAAACUGGCAGAGGAGCAGCAGAAACAGUACAAGGUGCACCUCGACAUCUGGCUCAAGAGCCUCUCGCCCCAGGAGCGGGCUGCGUACAAGGAGCACAUUUCCAAUAAACGCAAAAGCAUAGGGAAGAUUCGGGGUCCCAACCCCAAGAUGAAGCCAACGAUGCAGUCCAAGUCGGAGUCAGAGGACGAUGACGAGGAGGAAGAGGAGGAGGAGGAUGACGAUGAAGAUGAGGAUGACGAUGAUGACAACGGUGACUCGUCAGAGGAAGGCGGCGACUCCUCGGAGUCCAGCAGCGAGGAGGAGAGCGAGGACGGGGACGAGAACGACGACGAUGAUGAGGAUGAGGAUGAUGAGGACGAGGACGACAACGACUCAGAGGGCAGCAGCAGUUCCUCCUCCUCCUCGGGGGACUCCUCCGACUCCGACUCCAACUGAUCGGCCAAGCUCUUUGUAACGUCGUUUGGUUUCUCGGUUUCGGUCCCAAAUCCCCCCUGCAGCCCCUCAAAAUCCUUCCUCCUCUUCCUCCUGCCCCCCAGCAUGGGGAGCGGGGGCCGGGGGGACCCCUCCGCCGAGCUCACACUACGGAGGGGGAUCAGGGGCUGCUUCCCCCAGGCUGGGGGGCCAGGAGAGAGCCCCCCACCCCUGCCCCCCGCUUUACUCCCGAGGGGAAGCAAUUUCUUUUUUGGAAUUUCAUUCUUUCCAGGGGGGUGUCUCUCCAUCCCUACCCCCAUCACCCCCUCGCUACCAGCUCUGGACUUUCUAGAAAGAGAAGAAAAACACACA